AUGGAUAAGUGGCUGGCUUUCGUGAUGAUGUUGGUGUCGUUGAAAAUAAUGGUAAGUUUUAGUGUUAAAGCAGAUGUGACAUACGAUGGAAGAUCUCUUAUCAUUGAUGGACAGAGGAAGAUUCUCUUCUCCGGUUCAAUUCAUUAUCCUCGCAGCACCCCUCAGAUGUGGCCAGAUUUGAUAGCGAAAGCAAAACAAGGAGGAGUGGACGUUAUUCAGACCUAUGUGUUUUGGAAUCUACAUGAGCCUCAGCCUGGAGAGUAUGAUUUCAGCGACCGAUAUGACUUGGUGAGAUUCAUAAAGGAAAUCCAAGCUCAAGGGCUAUAUGUUUGCCUCAGGAUUGGACCUUUCAUCGAGAGUGAAUGGACAUAUGGGGGAUUCCCAUUUUGGUUACAUGAUGUCCCUGCCAUUGUCUACCGAACAGACAACGAGCCAUUCAAGUUCCACAUGCAAAAUUUUACGACCAAAAUUGUCAACAUGAUGAAAGCAGAGGAAUUAUAUGCUUCGCAAGGAGGCCCAAUUAUAUUGUCGCAGGUUGAGAAUGAAUAUCAAAACAUCCAAAAGGCGUUUGGCACAGCAGGAUCACGGUAUGUUCAAUGGGCUGCAAAAAUGGCCGUGGGCCUUCAGACUGGGGUGCCAUGGAUUAUGUGCAAGCAAACUGAUGCUCCUGAUCCUGUGAUCAAUACAUGCAAUGGCAUGAGAUGCGGAGAAACUUUUACCGGACCAAACUCCCCCAAUAAGCCUGCAUUAUGGACCGAGAAUUGGACAUCUUUCUAUCAAGUGUAUGGAGGAUUGCCAUACAUAAGGUCUGCCGAAGACAUUGCAUUUCAUGUCACUCUUUUUAUUGCCAGAAAUGGAAGCUAUGUCAACUAUUAUAUGUACCAUGGUGGAACUAAUUUUGGGAGAACGGGCUCUGCUUAUGUUAUAACAGCCUAUUAUGAUCAAGCCCCACUUGAUGAAUAUGGCUUGUUCAGGCAACCCAAGUGGGGACAUCUAAAGGAGUUGCAUGCUGCAAUCAAGUUUUGCUCUACCACACUAUUGCAAGGAGUGCAGAGGAAUUUCUCUUUAGGUCCACUGCAGGAGGGUUAUGUUUUUGAAGAAGAAAAAGGAGAAUGUGUUGCAUUCCUUAUAAACAAUGAUAGAGGGAGUAAGGUUACUGUUCAAUUCCGCAACAUAUCAUACGAAUUGCUCCCUAAGUCAAUAAGUAUCUUACCAGAUUGUCAAAAAGUGACUUUCAAUACUGCAAAUGUAAAUACGACAAGCAACAGAAGGAUCAUAAGUCCUAGACAAAACUUCAGCUCAGUGGAUGAUUGGGAGCAAUUUCAAGAUGUCAUUCCAAACUUUGAUGAGACCUCGCUAAGAUCAAACUCAUUACUUGAGCAAAUGAAUACAACCAAAGAUAAAUCGGAUUACCUUUGGUAUACUCUUAGGUUUGAAUAUAAUUUAUCAUGCAGCGAACCAAUACUUCAUGUUCAGUCUGCUGCUCAUGUUGCCCAUGCUUUUGUGAACAACACAUACAUAGGAGCCGUACAUGGAAAUCAUGAUGUGAAGUCAUUCACCUUAGAGCUCCCGGUUACAGUGAAUGAAGGGACAAACAAUCUUUCUAUUCUCAGCGUUAUGGUUGGACUUCCGGAUUCAGGGGCAUUUCUUGAAAGAAGAUUUGCUGGUUUAAUCAGUGUGGAACUUCGUUGCAGCGAAGAAGAGUCUCUUAAUUUGACCAAUUCUAUAUGGGGAUAUCAGGUUGGAUUGCUGGGGGAGCAAUUAGAAGUAUAUAAAGAGCAAAAUAGCAGUGAUAUUGAAUGGAAUCAACUAGGGAAUAUUAACAAUCAGACGCUCAUUUGGUACAAGACUACAUUUGACACACCUGAGGGAGAUGACCCGGUUGCCUUGGACCUUAGCUCGAUGGGAAAAGGUGAGGCUUGGGUAAAUGGACAAAGCAUUGGUCGCUAUUGGAUCUUGUUUCAUAAUUCCAAAGGCGAGCCUUCCCAAUCACUGUAUCACGUGCCUCGGUCUUUCCUUAAAGACUCUGGAAACGUUUUGGUUUUGCUGGAGGAAGGUGGUGGGAACCCUCUUGAUAUCUCCUUGAACACUGUCUCAGUUACAAAUUUACAAGAAAACUUUUCUAAACUAUCAUUCCCCUCCUCUGCUUAA